AUGGAGACUCUGCCAUGGACUCCCAAAGGUCGAACAUCCGUGAAAACAUCUGGAAGGGAUAUCCGGGUCGAGUCCACGGCAUCCAUCACCUCUAAUAUUCUCGAGUAUCGCAACGUCCAUGGGAGAACUUUUCAAUCUUCCAAGACGACGGAAUACUGGGCUCCCAAUGAUGAGAAGCACGUGGAAGGAUUUGACAUUAGUCACCAUUGGAUCACCAUGCUCUUGGAUGAUAAGCUUUACCUCCCAUCAAUUGGAGACAACCCGCAGGCAAGAUCAAUUAGGAUCCUCGACGUGGGUACAGGCUCAGGUAUUUGGGCAAUUGACAUGGCAGAUCUCUUCCCCUCGGCACACAUCAUCGGCAUUGACAUCUCGCCCACGCAGCCUAGUUGGGUUCCACCAAACGUGAGCUUUCAGAUCGAUGAUGCACAACUCGAUUGGACCUUUGAACCAGAGUCAUUUGACUUUAUUCACGUCCGCUCGCUCCUCGGGGGUAUUGAUGACUGGCCCAAGCUCUAUGGCCAGCUUUUCAAAUUCCUCAAGCCAGGAGGUUGGUUUCAGCAUAUGGAGCCGAGGCUUGCGCUGCGCUGUGAUAACCCGGCUAUCGAGCGUCCCAUUGUAUCUUAUCUACCCCAUUUUCAGUGGGCCCAGCUCUUCUACGAUGCCGGUGAUCGCCUGGGACGCACAUUCAACAUCACAGACAAGAAAAUGGAGAACUGGGCUAGUGAAGCUGGAUUCACCAAGAUCACACCCAAGACGUUCAAAGUUCCUUAUGCAGGUUGGCCCAAGGACCCGAAGCUCAAGGAACUGGGCCGAUAUGUCAACUUCUAUAUGGACAUGAGCCUGGGUGGCUUUGCGACUUAUCCCAUGAGUCAAAUCCUGGGUUGGAGCCUCGAAGAGAUCACAGUCUUGGUUGCUCGGAUGCGUACUGCUAUCAAUGAUCAGACGACCUUGCCAAAUGGUGACAUGUAUGUGUUACUGAUGCAAAAUUUUGCCUGCUUGCUGACUGUCCCAGGUAUGUCACCUACGGCCAGAAGCCAUUGCCGUGAAUGGGCUGGUGGUUGA